AUGAAAAUUAGGAAAGACAGUCUCGCAUUUCGUUUCAUAUAUCGUAUAUAUAAUACCAAUUGCUUUGGUGCGUGGUAUACCAAGCGUCAGCUAAACAAAGUUCAUGAAAGACGUCCAGAUGGACAUUCUUCAGUUACCACAUUCACUUAUGGAGAUAUUACUGUAACAGCAGUUCCACAAAACAGUGAUAAUUAUAGUUAUAUGGUUAUCUGUGGAUCAACUAAUGACUGUGUUGUUAUUGAUGUUGGCGAUGCACAACCCAUAUUGCAGUGUUUGAGCGAUAAAAAUAAAAUACCUCAGGCAGUACUUGUCACCCAUAAACAUUGGGACCACUGUUACGGCAAUAAACAACUGAAAAAGCGGUACAAGGAAUUGAAUAUUUAUGGUGGCGAAAUUGAUCGACCCGCUGACGUCAAUAAGUAUGUUCGAAAUGAAGCUUUGAUCCAAGUUGGAAGAUUGCAUUUCAAAGCAUUGCAUGUCCCUGGACACACCGCUGGCCACAUGAUUUAUGCUUUGCAGUUAAAUGAUGAACUGAAGUGUUUAUUUACGGGAGAUUUCCUGUUUAUCGCCGGGAUAGGUAAAAUCUUCGAAGGAAGUACUUCACAAAUGAUUAGUUCUUUAUUGACGCUGAAUGAUUUUCCUCCAGAUACCAUCAUCUUCCCUGGCCAUGAGUAUGCAAAGCUCAAUUUAUCUUUUGCUUUGUCACUAGAAAAAGAUAAUGAGGUACUGGAAGCGGUGAGCAAAGCAGUACAUGAAAAACGGACCACCCGCUCUCCCAUUGUUGGGGUCACCCUUGGUGAUGAAUACAAAAUCAAUCCUUAUUUACGCACUUGUUCCUUAAAAUUUCGGAAAGCUCUGGUUGCUGCUGGCUACAAUGUUCCUGCAGAAGCAAAGGAAUUUGCUGAUCGAGACAUUGACGAAGCAAAGGAUAACUCAAUGGAAGCUCAAAUUGCUGUUUUUGAUGCUUUGGAAAAAGCUAAAAAUGAUUUUAUAGAUGAACUUGUGAAGCAGAUAGAGCGAAAACGUUCUAAAAGUAUCCGGAAUAACCCGUAA